UAAUAUCUCUCGAUUUUCUGUGUUUUCCCAUUCUCGAAGCUUGAGCUUCGAAAAUCAGCUGAGAUUAUCUUCAGGGCCUUUAUCUCUUGUUUCUCUCCAAUCAGACAUUCUUUAGCGCCAACAAUGUCCUCGCAAUCUCCUACGACGACCGCGUUUUUCACGCGCGCCAGUAUUUCGACCUUCACGCGCCGACCGUGGCGGGAGUUCAUUUCCAUGUCUUCCUUCGUGCGCCCCAUUUCAUUAGGCGACGCCACCGCCCGAAUGAAGCGGAACUUCAACUACUUCCGGGUGAACUACGCUAUGAUAAUCUUGCUAAUCCUCUUCCUUAGCCUCCUAUGGCACCCAGUCUCAAUGAUCGUCUUCUUGGUCGUCUUCGUGGCGUGGUUCUUCCUCUACUUCUUCCGCGACAAUCCAUUGGUCAUCCUCAACCGUCCGAUCGACGACCGCAUCGUGCUGGCAAUCCUCACCGUGUUUACGAUUGUUGCCCUAGUUUUGACCGGCGUUUGGCUGAACGUGUUGGUUUCCGUUUUGGUUGGGGCUUUUAUCGUGGCACUACACGCUGCGUUUAGGGGAACGGAAGAUUUGUACUCCGAUGAACUUGACGAUUCGGAGGGUGGGCUGUUUUCGGUUGUAGGCAGCCCUACUGGAGCUGGGUAUACCCGAGUUUAGAAAUCAAGUUGUUAAUUUUACUCUAAUACAUUGAUUACGUUCAGUAUAUUUUUUUCUUCAUU